AUGAAACAUAAACACUUCAUGUGUCUUCCAUAUGCACCGUGUUUUGUUUUCUUCCUUCCAGCACUCCCAGGCUCUCCUGAGUGUCCGCCGGGUCAGUUUCCUUGUGUGGACUCUGUCGGCUGUGUGGAUUCUUCGGCCCGCUGUGACGGACAAAUCCAGUGUCCCACCGGCUCUGAUGAGGAGAACUGUACAGCUACCCAGGACUGUUUGGAGUCUGACUGGACCUGUCGAAACCACAUCUGUAUCCCCACAGAGCUGCGCUGCAACGGACUGAAUGACUGCCUGGACAACUCUGAUGAAGAGGACUGUGGUCUGUGUGGCAAUGAUGGCAUACGGUGUCCUGAAGGGACAUGUCUGUCUGCUGAACAGAGGUGUGACGGGCAGAUUGACUGCUCAGAUGGCAGUGAUGAGCCCAUAACAUGUGGUCGUAUUUGCUCUAUGAACAAUGGUGGCUGUAGCCAUGUGUGUGUCGAUGAAGCCUGGGGAGUUCUGUGUGCCUGUCCUGUCGGAUAUAAGCUCUCUCCCAAUGGAGCGCUCUGCGAAGAUUUGGAUGAAUGUGCCCCACCCUUUGCUCCCUGCCCACAUCACUGCACUAACACCAUCGGAUCAUACUAUUGCCACUGCAGAGACGGAUUCAAACUCAAUGGAAGCUCCACAUGUCUAGCUACAGGUAAUGCUAUCAGAUUGCUAACGGUGCAGAAGAGAUCUAUCAGUCUGUUGAAUGUGAAGUCUCAACAGUUCGAAGUUAUCCAGACUCUAGUGUCUGACCCAGUGGCUUUGACUUUUGAUCUCACCCGUGGCUGGUUCUACUGGGCUGACAACCAUGGCAGCAUUUACAGAAGUGAUGGAGAGCACAGCUCGACAAUCUAUACUGGGGAGCCUGGAAUCAAGGGUCUAGCCUGUGAUUGGCUAAAUGGAAACCUAUACUGGACCAAUGAGAAGAUGGCGUCAAUCUACAUGCAGGCAGCUGAUGGGAAAAGUUACACUACUCUGUUGAGCAAAGACAUCAGCCCAUCAGAGUUGGUGCUUAUAUCUGUUGAGAGCUUGAUGUUCUGGAUCAACACCGGCCAUGGGGACAGAGUGACAAUAGAGAAGUCAUGGAUGGAUGGGUCGGAAAGAAGCUCUCUGACUGCACUCACUGCUCAGUCUGCUCACAGCCUCACUGCUGACGUGGCUGCCAGGAGGCUGUACUGGAUCAGCGUCUUCAAGAAGUCUAUAGAGACGGUGAAGGUGGACGGGACGGGCCGUUACUCCUUCACAGGACUGUUCAACAGGAGGCCAGCUCUCAGUCUGGCUGUAUUUGCAAGUUCGUUCUACUGGGUGGAUGACAAAGGACUGUGGCAGGUUCCACAGAACCAACCGGACCAGAAGACAUUUAUCUGGAAAGCGGCACUGCCAGUUUUAGCAGUCUACCAUGAGCUACAGCAGCCUAAAGGUUCUUCUGCAUGUGGAAAGACUCAAUGUCACCUCUGCCAACUAACUAAAGGCAACCCUGUUGGAUUUACCUGUGCUUGUCCAAACUCCAAAGUACUGUUGCUUGAUGGGACAUGUGAAUAUCCAAGGUUUAUAUACGCUACCAUUACCAACAUCAACAUGCUUGAGUUUAGAGCCAGAGAGUCCACUAAAAUCCGUCUGUUUGACACUGAUGAUGGCAUCCUGUCAUUUGAUCUGGACUGGUAUAGAGACUGGCUGUACUGGGCUAACCAAACUGGCCACAUCCAACGCACCAGUGUAACCCAGGUGAAGACUGAGGUGGUCCCAACCCCUUUGCCAGUUUGUCUGAUAAAAGUAGACCAGAGGAGAGGGAACCUAUUUUGGGUGUCAUGUGACCAACACAGCAUUGGCACUGCUGCAGCCGACAAUCGAUAUCCACAGCAGCUGUACCAUACAACAAAGGAGAUUCGAGACCUGUAUCUGGACUGGUUGAGGGGAGGCAUCGUGUGGCUGGAGGAAGAGCGAAUCCUCACCAUGAGCAUGAUGGGAGGCAAAGCCAAAGAGCUGCUGCACUUAGCAGAAGGAGGAGUGAGGGGGAACAUCGCCUUCGACCUCAGGGCCAAUAGUCUGCUCUGGAACUCAGAAAGGGCAGACGACUUCCGCUGCAAAGACCGCCGAAACUGCGUCUCCAAGACACUGGUCUGUGACGGUCGCUCUCAUUGCCACGAUGGCUCAGAUGAGGUCAACUGUCAGAGCAUAGCUCUUCCUGCAGCUCGAACAGACAUCCUGAAGUGUCGCAUGGGCUCCAGACUGUGUCGAGACGGGACAGAAUGUGUCCUCUUCAGUCACCUGAUUUUCUCUGCAAAGACCAUCGGAGCUGCAUCGCCAAGAGUCUGGUUUGUGACGGCCGCUCGCACUGCCAUGAUGGCUCAGAUGAGGUUAACUGUCCGAGCGUAA